AUGGGGAAUGCUCAAGCUUUAGAGAAACAUCAGACUUCAAGUGGUCGAGAUGAGGUAGCAAACGCUGGUGAUGUCAAAGAUUUCGAAACUCGUUGGAAAUCGUUUAUGAAUUCACUUGAUGUAUCAGCUGAACAUAUAAAGCAGAUUGAAUUGUUAGAUGAGAACAAGAAAACGGAGUUGCUAUUCAACUAUGAGUCGAAAAACCCUAGGCGCUCAGCUUUCCACUAUGUUACUCUUUUAAAAGGCAGCAGGAUUGAGUACAUUUGGAAAAAGAAGGUUGAUUGUUCAGCUUUCCGUUCACUUCUCUCUUCCGUCGAAAUUUCAUUGCGCACCAAUAAUGUUGAAUGGGUUUAUGACUUUUUAGAUUAUGAAGGUUUGGAAACACUGGCUGACUUAAUGUUGCAGUGUCUGCACUUUCUGUCUGACCAGGAUGCGUCAUUUGGGCAACGGAAGUAUUGUGGGAGUAAGGCUUCUACCGAAACUUAUCGGGCUCGUUACGAAAUAUCUUGCUCUGCAGAAAUUCCGAACUACAUUCGCAGCAAUAGUAUGAAGUCAACACAGUCAUGUUCAAGUAAUUUAGGCAGUGGAGUUAUGCCCAUGUUGAUACUUCACAAUGGUGGUUCGUUGAAAGGUUGUUCACUUACUCCAACGUUCUUGGAAUUCUUGAAAGACAGUUUGCAUCUAUGUCUCCGUUGCUUGAAGGCCAUAUUGAAUAACCAGAAAGGAUGCAAACGAGCUAUGGAGAAUCCACUCGUUAUCAGUUUACUUACGUUUUGCCUCUUGCAUCCUAAUUACUCGACAAAAACACUUGCGCUGGAUAUUUUGACUGCACUGUGCUUGAUUGAAGGUGGACAUGUGAAAGUUUUGCAAUCAUUCGACAGGUUACGAGUUGUGAUGGGCGAGGGACUAAGAUUUGAACUUCUUCUGGCGGCAUUCAGAUAUCAUGAGUCGCUUGAUGAGGAAAAUUAUAACAUGGAUUUUGCAGUAACUUGUGUGCAGUUCCUCAAUAUCGUUGUUCACUCACCGGAAAAUAUAAAUUUACGAGUAUAUUUACAGUAUGAACUGCAUCUACUUGGCUUCGAUGAUUUAUUAAAACAAAUUCGUGAUCGUUCUGGUUCACGAUUAAAAGUUCAAAUUGAAGCCUAUCUGGAUAAUCGAGUAGAUUGUUCACUAUUAUUAGAAGAUGCUGAAGCUAAAGAAGCCGCUAUAUCAGAACAAGAACGUUUAGAAAAAGAGUUGAAGUUAGAAAUUAGUACAUCUAAGAAAUUGGAAGCAAAUUUUAAGCAUAAAGAAACGGAACUUCUUCAAAUUAUUGAAUCAUUACGUGUAAAAAAGCAUGAAUUAGAAAUUUUUUCUGCUAAUCAUGAAUCAGCAAUGCGUAAACAAAUCACUGAACUUCGUAUUAUGCUACAAUCAGCUCAAUUAGAAAUUAAUGAAUUAAAACAAAAUUUACAUAUUGUUCAAACUACAACAGCAACAAUAAAAUCAUUCAAUUCAAUGUCAACUUCAACAAAUUUUGAAACAUACAAGAUAGCUAAGAGUAAUAAUAAUCAUAAUAAUAAUAGUAAUAAUAAUAAUAAUCUAGUCAAUUUGUCAAAAGUUAAUAAUAUUGAAACUAGUCCAUCUACUGAGCCUACAAUGGUGACACGAUCAAUUUCUGUUGAAGAGAAUUUCUCCAAUAAUCAUAAUGACAAUGAUAGUAGUCAUCAUGAACGACAACAGAGUCAUCAUCAUCGACCUAGUCCAUCUGGAUCAGAGGCUUCAUUGGACAAUAGCCAUAAUACUACUACUACUACUACUAAUAAUAAUAAUAAUAAUCAUCAACAAAAAAUCAAACCGAAUAACUCAAAUCAUGUAACACACAUGUAUCAAAUGGAUUCAAAUUCUUCUAAUAAUUAUAACCAAAGUAAUCAUUAUCAUGAUCAACCACCUGUGAAACCUCAAAGAAAAGGUUUAGAUCAAAAAUCGAAUAACUUAUUUUCUCCAUGUACACCACAAAAUUUAACAUCAUCUAAACACUUAGCUAAUCAAGCAACGAGUUAUUUGAGUGAAUUAUUCAAAUUAGUUUCCAAUUUGGCACAGAAUUCGAAAAUAUCAAGGUCGGCAAAUAUACACGAAGAUGUGUACAAGAAAAAUUCAAUUACAAUUUAUCCUAUUGGUUGGAAAUUCUCUUAUUAUCCUGUUGAUGUAACAAUCUAUGAUGAUGAUAAUAGUAUGAAGAGAGAAACAGUAGAGACUAUAUUCAAUGAUCAUAUCUUUAGAACAUGUUAUUUAGCUAAUAUAUCUAUGAAAGCUGAAGGGAUCUGUACAAAUUCACAAGACUUUUUCACUAUAUAUUCAAAUCAAUUACCGGAAAUAUGGUUGAAUGCAUUGAAUAAAUAUAAAUACUCACAGAAUUUUUUCAACGAAAAUGAUACAUCAAGUAAUUCUUUGCAUUUAAAUCAUACAGUACGUUCAAAACUUGUCAGUGAUUUACAUCAUCUUGGACUAUUAUCAGCAGUUAACAAUGAAACAAAACAAAUUGAUAAUAAUAUUCAUAUGAAUAAUUAUGAAAAUGAUAAUCAUGAUAAUGAUAAUGAUGAUGAUGAUGAUAAUAUUGUCAAUGAGAGUAAAAUAUUAAAGUCUAAAUUAAUUCAAUAUUUAUUGUAUAUAAAUUUAAAUCCUUUAAUUACUCAACGUAUUUUAAAUGAAUUACAUUAUACUUUACAACAUUUAUCCAUAAUAAACAAUAAUAAUAAUAAUGAUAAAAUAAAUAAAAAUUUUAUUGUUAUGAAUUCAUUGACAAUUGAAUUGUUCAAUACAAUGAAUAAAGUGUUAAAAAAGUAUUUUAAUAAAUUAAAUAUAAAAUUACCAACUAUAUUAUUUAAUAAUGAUGAGGACGAUAAUUAUGAAAGUAAUAAUGAAUUACAUCGUUGGUCAUAUAUACAAGCUAUACUACAGAUUAAUCUUAUUAAAUUCACUAUAAUUGAAGAGUUGAAAAUAAUUAAUGAAGCGUAUUACGAUUUCUUACUCUCUGUUGAGUAUUAUCAAUAA